UUCAGCUCAAAAAACUAGUAUAUGUCUAUUUGGUGCGUUACGCGGAGGAACAACAGGACCUUGCAUUGUUGUCAAUAAGCACCUUUCAAAGGGCCUUGAAGGACCCGAAUCAACUGAUAAGAGCCAGUGCUCUUCGAGUGCUGUCCUCUAUCCGAGUCGGUAUGAUUGCUCCUAUAAUGCUUCUUGCUAUCAAGGAUUCUGUCAGAGACAUGAGUCCGUAUGUGAGAAAGGUCGCUGCCCAUGCUAUUCCCAAACUUUAUUCACUUGAGCCAGAUCUCGAAGUUGAAUUGGUAGAUUGUAUAGACUUUCUCCUUGCUGAUCGACGUAGCCUAGUUCUAGGCAGCGCUGUUUAUGCUUUUCAAGAGAUUUGUCCUAAUCGUCUCGAUUUACUUCAUAAGCAUUUCCGAGCCCUAUGUCGUGCUUUAGCUGAUGUUGAUGAAUGGGGCCAAUCUCGUAACUGCAGUGUUGUUAUGGCAGUCACACAGCUAUUCUACUAUAUAGCACCAAAGGCACAGCUUUCACAGGUAACCUGCUUUUGCGAGCUUCACCACAUAUGUCAUCACCAUCGUUUAGGUCGCUCGUGCAUUAGUGCGUCUCCUUCGAGGACCACGUGA